AUGCCUUGGAUACCUACACUGAACAAGGCCGGGGCUCUAUUUUCGGCCUUCCCUGCCGGCUGGGCGACAACUUUCUCUUGCAUUGUCCAGUUGGAAUCGGGGUCUCUGGAUGUGUCCCCAGACGCAUGCAAAAAGGUCAUGGCACUCUCCGUUGGUGAUUCGCUUUACGUCGCAGUACCACUGCUCUGCGACCCGAUCGAGGAACCCAGCCCGUACGAAGUACGUCGGAUCCGAGGAAACGUUGGGACUCCCGGCAUCGCGAUGCUGAUCCCGCCCGCCCAACUCGAACCGCCCGAAUACGACAUGAACACGUGGAACAUCAUCAAUCACGAGCCCUACGACGGACGCCAGGAGGAUUCCUUCCAGGCCACAUCAUUGCAUAUGUCCUUUACGGGGUUCACCCUCCCCGUCGAUCUCCGAACGCGGGGCUUGAGGGACACGGAGUUGUACUACAUGGAAACCCGCGUGACGGUGCAUGAUCACGGAGCAGAGAUUUCGGACCUCGAUAUACUGGGAAGUCUUGAGAAUAAGAACUUCAGACGCAUACCUGCAUGUCAGCAUGAUAAGUCCUUCAGUAGGGGCCCGAACAAGGCAGUCGCGCACAACUCGAUGCUGACCAUGGUCGAUAACUGGUUCGAGUUACUCGACGAUCCCGAGAGAGCGGCCGUGGCGCGUUCGAGUGGUAAUUGGCUGGGCCGGCUUUCCCUCGCGGUCGUUGGUCUUCAGCUGGGAUAUCACGUCAUCAUUGUACCGCACGAUUUCUGCUGGCCGUGUAUACAGGACUACUGGAAAUACGUCAGGUUCCGGAACUCGACCGUUUCCUUCGAUACGGUCCACGUACAAAGCCUGGCAUCCCGGGGUCCGACGAAGAAUGUUCCCAACGCUCGAUGGGCCGCCUUCAAUGACGUCGAUCCGCUUGCCGUCUCUGAGAAAGAAGCCCUGAAAGAGUCCAGUGGCGACGACGCUGCUUCGGUAGACGCAAUCAAUCCUUAUAUAAGAGAUUUAUAUGCUCCCCUUGAGACUCCAAGCGAGGAAUCUCAACCCAUCGGCGAGACGCUCAGAAUGAUGCAGGAUCGAGCGCAGUCGGCAGAGACCAAGGCCCAGAAAUCGACGGAUACUUCGGACGACAGUGAACAAAUGUUAAAGGAGAUGGGCGAGGGUCGGGUCAUCAUAAUCUGCUAA